AUGGCCCCGCUCCCACCAACAGUGACGGACCGUUUCUUUGCGAAUUACCAAACUCCCAUUCUCAUGACCACGUUCGCGACCCAAGUUCUCCAUCACCAGUACAUACGGCGUACGACCCCAGCCUAUGAAUCCCCCGCGGCUUCAAUCAGGAUUACCUCUGUGCCGAGACCUCUGAGAGCCGGUCUAGGGUGGGCAGCUGUCUUCCUGGGUCUUCUUACUCAAAUCACUUUAGCGAAGAAGACUAUUAGAGAUUACUCGGACCCGGUCAUUGCUGUCUCCGCUCAAAGAAAACCCUGGGCUCGAAAGGUUGAGGAAGGCUUGUGA